AUGCCCGGUGUCCCCUCCAGUCGUGGUUGCGAUGCCUGCCGCAGACAAAAAAAGAAGUGUGAUCAACUCAAACCUGCGUGUACGAGAUGCGCUCGUCUCCAAAUCCCUUGCGUGGGAUCUGGGCAGAGGAGAUUCACGUUCAAGGAGGGCUACUCCUCCAAAGAUCAGGGAGCUAUUAUUCUAUCGCGCACAACACAAAUUCCAAGCAAUGACACUUUGGACAUUACCAGAGACUUUAUAGAAGUCCUGCAAGUGACCGACGUCCGGUACGACGUGACGUGGUACGGCCCGUUUCUCGAGAAUCUCCCCCGGCGCAUUGGGUCCAGCCCGGCCCUAGACGCGGCGAUAGGCGCGGUGACCAGUGCUGUAAAAGCCCUGCGCACGCGGCAAAACUAUCCAGACGCAAUCGCACGAUAUGUCAAAGGUUGGAAGGCUCUGAGGACAUGUUUGAGUGACCCGGUGCAAACAAAGUCAAUACACACUGUGUGUGCCAUCUACCUGAUGAUGAUCUGCCAGAGCUGGGUUGGAACACCAGAUGAUCAUUUUGCAAACCACGGGCAAAUCCUGGCGCAAAUUCUCAAUGCAGCAAUCUCCCAAGCCGGGAGAGGGAAGUUCGAAGACAACAUGAUUGUCACUUUGAGCAUGCCAGUGGUCAUGCAAAGUAUUAUCGAUCCAAGCGCGCCUCUUGGGUCUUGGUUCUGGGCGAUUGCCAAAUCAUACGAGCCGAGACGGCCAAUCCUCAGCAACCAUGGCGGCCUCAUCCCAAGCCUCCAGUUCUAUGUUAUGGCCCAGAUUACACAAUGGCUCCGGGAUCCAGGUCUGCACCUCAUCGAAAUCCAUAACGCAUAUAACCAGCUUCUCGUCGAUUGCGUCACAAUGCGGUCAGUACUCGACAAGAUCGCAGAUAUGGAUCCAUCUGGUAUCACACAGUCAAGGCUGCAUACACGUCCGCAAGCUGCGUAUUCAAUGCUCAUUUGUCUCGCUCUCGUUUUGAACUUGGUGACACGCAUCUUCGACCCAAACAGCAGUUCCCUAGCUGAUGAGGCAGCCGAUUUGAUUAACGAAACGAUUUGGCUUGCACGACUUGCAGAUCGAUACAGACCUUUUGGGGUAAGCUUCAUGCCCGUUUCGCUUGUGAUGGCGUGGACGGCAGCAGAGGAUGUGGCUGUGAAGAACCAGGUACAGGAUAUCCUGGUCGGCUAUGAGAGAGACUUUCCUGCGGUGAGAUGGGUUCAGACGUGUUUCUGGAUGCAGAAUAAGUAUAGUGAGAUGCGACGGUCCCAGUUGGACGCAAUCUUUUCGGUUUCAUGCUGA